GCCUGCCUGCGGUUGUUUCAAACAAACAUGGAGGAGAAAGAGAGGGACAGGAGAAUUAAGGAGCCAGAUAGUAAAGAAAAACACUCCGCUUCCAGCGCUAGUACCUCAUCUGUGGCACGGGACGAUGACGCUUCUAAAAUAGACGUGUGUUCUGAAAAGUUCGACCCACUUUUGGCCCUGUACUCGCCCACGGUGCCGCUGCCUUUUCCAAACAUCAAAUGUUUCAACAAUGUCGCCGAGUACGAGGGGUUCCUAAAGGGGGGCCGGGGUAGAGCCAAGCCGGAAAAUGUGGAGAAAAAGCGACUGAAGGCCUUGAAAGGGGUCGCCGACCCGGAGCGUAUCGAGAGACUCAAGAAGCUCAUGGUGACCAAGAAGUCAGUGGAUGAGGACGAGGAGCGAGGAAGCAGCAGCCGCACACCACAACCACGGCGACACAAGACCCCCAAAAAUGUCCUGACUAGGAUGACCUUAUGCAAAGGCAGCCCUUUGGGUGAGCUGCACAAAUGUGUGGAGCAGAGGAUAAGAGUCAAAGUUCACAUCAGGACCUUCAAAGGACUGAGGGGCGUGUGCUCCGGCUUUGUUGUGGCCUUCGACAAGUUCUGGAAUUUGGCCAUGGUUGACGUUGAUGAGACGUAUAGAGAGCCUCUUCUUGGGAAGGCCUUGCACCAUGAGAAAGCCCUCACCAUUUCACGGCUCUUUGAGAAGCUGAAGCUCCAGGAGAGCUCAGGAGGGGAAGGAGAAACAUCGAAGCACCGCGUCCAGGGAGAAAGCAGCCAGGGUCCCCCUUCAAACCCACAGGUGACUUCAGAACACUCGUCCGCUCACCCUGCCAGGCAGAGAGAUGACAACAAGACAUUGGCGCCACCAAAGGGUGCUAAGGCAGGUCAGGAGAAAGAGUGCAGGGCGUAUGGCAAGGUCCAUACUCGCCACAUCAACCAGCUAUUUAUCCGGGGAGAAAAUGUUCUCCUGAUCAACCCUCAACCGCUAUGACAGCCCGACGAGGCAUUUCUUUUAGUGCCACCUAAUCUAAGACUGUGUGUUAUCAUCUGCAGUUGCAAUAUGUUGAAUGCACUGCAAUGAACUCCCAGAGAUCUCUGGUUCAAUUUGUGAGAACCCAGAGUCGAUCAGACCGUAUAUCAUGUUGAUAUGUAAGAUUUGCAUUGUGUUCCACGCAAAUCACCUUGUAAUUGAGGAAUUAAAGCUUGUUGCCUGUUAA